GAGGCGAGCAGCCUUCCUGCGCUGUGAGUGGCCCGGCCGGGCGGGCGGACUUUGGCCCCUGUGUUUGCAGACCUGUCCCUGGGCUGCGGUCAGAAUGGCGGGCUGCGUCCGGCUGCUCCUGCUCCUCCUGGGCCUCCACAUUGCCGAGCCCGCAGUAUUUCUUUCUGCCUCAAAAGCAAAUGAAGUUCUGGUAAGAUGGAAGCGGGCUGGCUCCUAUCUUCUGGAAGAGAUCUUUGAGGGACAUUUGGAAAAAGAAUGUUAUGAAGAAAUCUGUGUCUAUGAAGAAGCAAGAGAAGUAUUUGAAGAUGACGAGGCCGCUGAUGAGUUUUGGAAACGUUAUAUGGGUGGCACCCCAUGUGUCUCCCAGCCCUGCCUCAACAAUGGGUCCUGUCAGAACAACAUCCGCAGCUACACCUGCACUUGCUCCGAGGGCUACGAGGGCAAGGACUGUGCCUUUGCUAAAAAUGAAUGUCACGCAUUGAGGACGGAUGGGUGUCAACACUUCUGCCACCCCGGACAGGACUCCUACAUUUGCAGCUGUGCACAGGGGUACAAACUGGGCCAAGACUACAAAUCAUGCAUCCCACAUGACAAGUGUGCGUGUGGAAUCCUGAAUUCCGAGGGCAUCAAGGCAACACAGAGGAGCAGGCGGAAUCCUCAGAUUUUCCCGUGGCAGGUAAAACUAAUAGAUUCCGAAGGAAAUGACUUCUGUGGUGGUGUUAUAGUACAGGAAAAUUUUGUGCUGACAACAGCAAAAUGUUCACUGUUACACAGAAAUAUCAGUGUGAAAACAAAUUUCCCUAGAACGAGCGAGGACCCGCUGACGAUGGAGGUGAAGCGCGUCCACGUGCACAUGAUGUACGAGGAGGAGACGGGGGACAAUGACAUUUCGCUCUUGGAGCUGGAGCUGCCCAUCCUGUGCCCCGACAUGGGGCUCCCCGUCUGUGUGCCCGAGCAGGACUUUGCGGAGCGCAUCCUCAUUCCGGGGACACCGGGCCUCCUCGUUGGCUGGACAUCCAAUGGCUCCGAGCUGGGCAAUGUGCCGAUGCAGCUGCCCGUCACACACAUGGACAGCGAGGAGUGCGGCAGAGCCCUGAAUGUGACGGUCACGACGAGGACGUACUGCGAGAGGGGAGAGGCAGCCGGAGGGGUGCAGUGGGCGGAAGGGAGCGUGGUCGCCAGAAAACACAAAGGCACCUGGUUCCUGACAGGGAUUCUGAGCUCGGUGCCCACAGAACAGUACGGACAGGAGUUUCUUCUCAUCAAGGUUUUGAGAUACUCGCUCUGGCUUAGACAAAUUAUGAAGUGACUAAACCCAGCUAAGCCUCAAGAAUAAGAGAUGCGGUGGGAUUACACACCUUAA